AACUAAUAGCUUCAUCUGGUUUCCACCAUACAGAUAACAAAAAGAUUUGUGAGUGACAAUACCUAGAAAAAUUCUAUAUAUAAUCAUGCAAAAAGAUGGAUUUGAAUGCAGAACCUUGAUAGAAAAGGGGAGAGAUGGCAACAACGUUCAGGCAUUCUCUAUUGCUCCGUCGUCCAUGCAUAAAGCAUUCCAGCCAUUCCCACCCCUUACGUCCGGUAGAUGUGAAAGAGGAAGAGGAAAUUAUUUGCUCGGGAUGUGAGCUAGACCUUUCAGGCUCAGCUUACAAGUGCAGCAAAUCCAAAUGUGAUUUCUUCCUUCACAAAUCCUGCUUUGAACUUCCGGGUGAGCUUGAACACAAUUCUCACUCUCAGCACUUGCUCACCCUUCUUCCCUGCCCACCUAACCAUGACUCCAAGUUCACUUGUAAUGCCUGUGGUGAUUAUGGCACUGCUUUUACCUACCAUUGCCUCACUUGCCAAUUCAACCUCCAUGUUGGAUGUGCUUUCUUGCCCAACACCAUCAAACAUGUGGAUCACAAUCACCCACUUACCCUCUUUUAUUCCUCCUCAAUGGAAAGAGGCUGCACAACCUUCACUUGUGAUGCUUGCAGCAAAGAUGUUCCUCAGAGCCAUUGGAUCUACUACUGUCCUGAUUGCGAUUAUGGCACUGAUCUAGCUUGUACAAUUCCUCAAUGCUGAACCCGCCCCAUAGACCACUUGUUAUAUCCAUAUUCUUGGACUAUUUUCUGAUGUUCUUUAGAUGCAAAUUAGUUGUGUGUGUUUACGGCUUUGACAUUAUUCACUUUUUAUA